AGCGAUUCAUUCACAUAGUCCAUGCCCAAAUUAUAUCUCUUAUUUUGACUGGUUUUUAUCUCUUUAACUUAAGCCAACUACUCCAUCUCUUUAGGUCCAAUUAGCUUCUCGGGUUUUGUCCCAAUUCCCCAAGCCCAAAUCUCUCUCUCCUCGCCCUGCAAAACCCUAGAUCUCUUUCUUCCUCGCCGGUUGGGACCUCCGAUUAUCGGUCUCCGAACUUCUUAUGCGCCCGUAAAUCGCGUCGUUUUGGCUCCACCACCGGAUAUUGCUUAUUGAGACACGAUGGCAACCACUGAAGAAACACAGCUUGAUAACAAUGUGCUGAUGACUCCAGAAACACAGCCUAAUGAUGUGUUGAUGACUCCAGAAACGCAGACUAAUGACGUGAUGAUGACCCCAGACACGCAGCCUAAUGAUGUGAUGAUUACACAUGAAGCACAUCCUGAUGAUGUGAUGAUGACACAAGAAACACAGCCUAAUGAUGUGAUGAUGACAUCAGAAACACAGCCAAACGAUGGGAUGAUAACUCCAGAAACGCAGCCUAAUGAAGUGCUGAUGACUUCGGAAACACAGGCUAAUGAUGUGCUGAUAACUCCAGAAACACAGCCCAACAAUGUGCUGAUGACUCCAGAAACACAGUCUAACAAUGUGCUGAUGACUCCAGAAACACAGUUAAACAAUGAGCUAGACGUUACGGAGUCACAUCCAAACAAUGAGCUGGCUAUUGCAGACACACAGCUUAACAAUGAGCCAGCAAUUUCAGAGACACAUCCUAACAAUGAGCUAGCAAUUCAAGAGACUCAUCCUAACAAUGAGCUGCCAAUUCAGGCGACACAUCCUAACAAUGAGCUACCAAUUGAAGAGACGCAUCCUAACAAUGAGCUAGCAGUUCAAGAGACCCAUCCUAACAAUGAGCUAGCAGUUCAAGAGACCCAUCCUCACAACGAGCUACCAAUUCCAGAGACACAACCUGAUAAUAUGCUGGCCAUUCAAGAUACACAGCCUGAUAAUAUGCUGGCCAUUCAAGAUACACAGCCUAACAAUGAGGUGACCAGUCCAGAAACUCAGCCUAACAAGCGGAGGAAAAAGAAGUCCAUAGUCUGGGAGCACUUCACCAUAGAAACUGUUAGCGCUGGAUGUAGAAGAGCGUGCUGUAAGCAGUGCAAGCAAAGUUUUGCAUACAGCACAGGUUCAAAAGUUGCAGGUACAAGUCACCUCAAACGCCACAUUGCGAAGGGAACCUGCCCAGCACUCUUACGUAAUCAGGGUAACAACCAGUUAACCCCAUAUACCCCAAGGAUGGGUGGAAGUGAACCUCCAAAGCGACGCUACCGAUCUCCUAGUGUGCCUUACAUUUCAUUUGAUCAAGACCGUUGCCGUCAUGAAAUUGCUAGGAUGAUCAUCAUGCACAACUAUCCUCUUCAUAUGGUUGAACAUCCUGGAUUUAUAACCUUUGUCCAGAAUCUUCAGCCCCGGUUUGACAAGGUGAGCUUCAACACUGUCCAAGGGGAUUGUGUUGCUACUUACCUGAGAGAAAAGCAAAGCCUCAUGAAGUUCAUUGAGGGCAUACCUGGACGUUUUUGCCUUACAUUGGACUUGUGGACUUCUAGCCAAAGCUUAGGUUAUGUGUUUAUAACUGGACACUUCAUUGAUAGUGAGUGGAGGUUGCAAAAGCGGACUCUCAAUGUGGUGAUGGAACCUUAUCCUGAUUCAGACAGUGCUUUUAGCCACGCUGUUGCUGCUUGCCUUGCUGAUUGGAGUUUGGAUGGCAAGCUGUUUUCUCUCACUUUCAGUCAUCCACUAAGUGAAGCAGGGCUUGAACAGCUUAGGCCUUUACUAUGCAUCAAGAAUCCCCUUAUUCUUAAUGGACAAUUGUUGGUUGGGAAUUGCAUUGCUCGUACUUUUAGCAGCAUGGCAAAAGUCGUGUUGGAGGCAGGACAAGGAAUUGUCAAGAAAAUUCGUGACAGUGUCAAGUAUGUGAAGACUUCAGAGUCUCACGAAGAAAAGUUUCUUGAGCUCAAGCAACAGCUUCAAGUCCCCAGCGAAAAAAGCCUAUCUAUUGAUGACCAAACUAAAUGGGACACAACAUAUCAGAUGUUGGUGGCUGCUUCAGAGUUGAAGGAAGUCUUUUCUUGUUUGGAUACUUCUGAUCCUGAUUACAAGGAAGCCCCAUUAAUGGAAGACUGGAAACUGAUUGAGACUCUAUGUGCAUUCUUGAAACCUCUUUUUGAUUCUGCCAACAUUUUGACUACUACCACCAACCCAACUGCAAUUACAUUCUUUCAUGAAGCAUGGAAGAUUCACUCAGACCUGACUCGUGCAGUUACGAAUGAAGAUCCGUUUGUCAGCGAUGUUACCAAAGCAAUGCUAGAGAAGAUUGAUAAAUACUGGAAGGAUUGUUGCCUGGUUUUGGCAAUUGCGGUUGUCAUGGAUCCUCGGUUCAAGAUGAAGCUUGUUGAAUUCAGUUUCACAAAACUUUAUGGUGAAGAUGCUCCCGCAUAUAUCAAGAUUGUUGAUGAUGGGAUUCAUGAGCUCUUUCAGGAAUACGUUGCACUUCCCCUGCCUCUAACUCCAACCUACACAGAAGAAGGGAAUGCCGGGGUCAGUGUGAAGACAGAGGAAUCCCAGGGAGGAGGUUUUAUGUCAGACAACGGACUGACAGAUUUUGAUAUGUACAUAAUGGAGACUACUAGCCAACACAUGAAGUGUGAGCUGGACCAGUAUUUGGAUGAAUCUUUGUUGCCUCGUGUGCAUGAUUUUGAUGUGUUGGGUUGGUGGAAACUGAACAAGUUGAAAUAUCCUACCCUUUCGAAGAUGGCUCGUGAUAUCUUGUCAAUACCAGUAUCCAGUGUGGUGCCGGACUCUGUGUUUGAUACGGUAAGCAAAGAGAUGGAUCAGUACAGGAGUUCUUUACGACCAGAGACAGUGGAAGCCCUUAUAUGUGCGAAGGACUGGUUCCAGUAUGGAUCAUCUGAAGUAUCAAACGCACUUGUGAAAAUGGAAUUUUAGAUUAAGUUUUGGUUAAAUCACAGCAGCACAUGUAUGAUUAUGGUAGGUUGGUAUGUUAGUUGUAGUUUCUUAAUUCUCCAUUAGGUUACCAUUUGUACCAUUCUAAAGGAUUGUUUGGAUAGUUGGACAUGUGAAGAUAUUUCUAGAGUAGAUGUUGUCAUUACAUGCACUUUUUUGAAGGUUGGACAUUCAUCUUGUUACAAUAAUUAGCUGCUGGAGAUGCACUAUCUUUUAGCUCCACAUCCAGGGAAAGCUAAGAAGACAAGUGUGCUCACUGCUAUCUAUUAUUUUAUUACAAAUCAUAUAUGAUGGUGGGCAAAUUCUGUACUACAUUUAAUUAGUGUAUAAAGUUGAGUGUGUGUGUCAACCAGUGAAUUAAAGCCGAA